AUGAUUUGGGUAGAUCAUAAUAAUCACAAAAAAUGGAUUCCCUGGAUAGAGGAUGAUAACUAUCUAGUAGGAAUUGCAAAAGUUAUCAAGGUUCCCAUCAUUAUCCUACGUUUGGUUUUUUGGUGGUGUACUAACCUACACGUCCCUGUUUCAUAUGGGGAAAAACCGAGAACGGAAGAUAAACUAAAAUGUAUAGUCAUGUCGCAUGGACUGGGUGGAAAUAGGUUCCUUUACUCCAAAGUUUGUUGUGAUUUGGCUUCACGAGGUUUUCUAGUAGCUUGUUUAGAACACAGAGAUAACUCAGCCAGCUACACCUAUUACUACGAUAGUGACGAAAAAGCAAAACUAGACAAUAGAACAGUGAUUGAAUUUCAACACAUUCCAUUCGGACAAAAACACUAUCAAUCAAGAAAUAGUCAGAUUAGAGUAAGAGCUUCCGAGUGUUCUAAAAUUAUGGAUGUUUUGAAAAAUUUGAAUGAAGGCAGUAUUCCGCACAAUGUACUAAAAUCUGUCCAUGGAAAAAAAACAGUUGAUUUUGAUUUGAAGGAAUUGAUUGGCAAAAUAGAUACUGAGAAUUUUACAUUAAUGGGUCAUUCCUUUGGUGCCGCAACUGCCUUAUAUACGUCAUCAUUAAGAGAUGAUGUCAGACAGUGUAUAUUACUUGAUCCAUGGAUGUUUCCAAUAAAAGACGAGAAGUUGGAGGAUCGAAUUAAAUUCCCUAUACUUUUUCUGAAUACGCAAACUUUUCAUAUUGAAUCAAACGUGAAAACUAUGGCCAAAUUUCUUACGAACGAAACAGUUGAAAUGUAUACAAUUUUAGGAACGACACACGAAAAUCAGACAGAUUCCGUAUUAGUAGUAGGAUAUUGGUUGAACUGGAUGAUGCGAAAAAUAGAUCCUCAUUUAGCAUUAAAGAUUAAUAAUGCUCUUAUUCUUACUUUUUUGCAUAGAUGCAUGAAGACUCCUGCCGACAUUCAAGAAAGCGAACAGUUUCUGGAAGCGAUGAAAGAGUUUUAUGAAGAGGGAUUAACUAAACCAUGGUUAUAAUAUGAACCGAAUUUUGAACUGUGAAAUCUUAAAUAUCCAUCAGCUAAAUGUAUUUCGAUGGUGACAUAUUUAUGUGUUUCACUGAAAAAUUAUUUUUUUCAUUCUCUAUGUUGCUGUUAAACUGACCUAGUUGUAUGUUUACCCAUUUGUAAUAAAGAUAUAUUUCAAGA